GUUGUACACCUCGUACAAGUAAAAAAAAAUUGUAAACAUUUUCUGAAGCAUUAAUGUUUAAGAACUUAAAGUGUUAGAAUAACUAAAUUAAAAAUGAUUAAUGCACAAAGGCAAAGAGUAGAGCAAGAACUGACGACGUUAGUCGACAAUCUUGAUAAAUCAUAUUUACGUAGAAUGCAGAGUGACAUGCACCAAUGUGCUUCAAAAUGUUGUGAAGACACUCAAUCAUCAAUGGAUACUAUUCAAAGAUGUAUAGAAAGAUGUUCUCAGCCUGUAAAUAAAGCGCAAAGAUAUGUGCAAUCUGAACUGGAACGAGUCCAAGGAAGACUUCAAAGAUGUGUAAUGGACUGCAACGAUAACAUAAAAGACCGAAUGCCAACAAAUCCGUCAGAGACGGAAGUCGCAAAAUUCACGACUGAAUUUGAACGUUGCGCAAUCAAGUGUGUUGACGGAACUGUGGAAACACUUCCAUCAUUAUUCAAAACAAUGAAGUCAGUUCUUGGGAAAGGUCCGCAAGCAAUUCCUGAUGUUUAAUUCCAUAUUAUUUCAAGCUUUAGUUGAUGAAUAGAAUUAUUUUGAAUUUCAUUGUAAAGCAUUUAUUUGAACGGACAUAAAAUGAAAUGAAGCUUUAGAAAAGAAAAAUCGAUGCUAUGCGUAUUAUUCAAUUCAGUUUGCUAGCUAUCAUUUUGCCAUAAA